ACUUCCGCCCCUUCGGUUCCUCUUCCGGCUCUCGUACGGAAGCUCUAGGCCCUGGGUCCCCGAAGCCACCGCAGAUCCGCAACUGUACACUCCGCAUCCCUGUAGUCACACAGCUUCGGACCCCAGAGCUUCUGCGGCCCGAAGCUCCCCGAGUCCCCUGGUAUCUGCACGUCGCGUUCCUGGAACCCCGCGUCCCUGCGCGCUCCCCAAAGUCCCGGCAGCGGCCCGCCACCGCCCGACUCGGCGGAGAACGGUGCUUUCCUCCGUUACAUCGGUGCUAUGGCCGCCCCCGACUUGUCCACCAACCUCCAAGAGGAGGCCACCUGCGCAAUCUGCCUCGACUACUUCACGGACCCGGUGAUGACCGACUGCGGCCACAACUUCUGCCGCGAGUGCAUCCGGCGCUGCUGGGGCCAGCCCGAGGGCCCGUACGCGUGUCCCGAGUGUCGCGAACUGUCCCCGCAGAGGAACUUGCGACCCAACCGCCCGCUCGCCAAGAUGGCCGAGAUGGCGCGGCGCCUGCACCCACCGUCGCCCGUCCCCCAGGGCGUGUGUGCCGCACACCGCGAGCCACUGGCUGCCUUCUGCAGUGAUGAGCUGCGCCUGCUGUGCGCGGCCUGCGAGCGCUCGGGGGAGCACUGGGCGCACCGCGUGCGGCCCCUGCAAGACGCUGCAGAGGAUCUCAAGGGAAAGCUGGAGCAAUCUCUGGAGCGUCUGCGGAAGCAAAUGGAGGAUGCGCUACUGUUCCAAGCCCAGGCAGAGGAGACUUGCUCCUUGUGGCAGAAAAUGGUGGAGACCCAGCGGCAGAAUGUGCUGACAGAGUUCGAGAGGCUGCGCCGACUGCUUGUGGAGGAAGAGCAGCGGCUACUGCAGAGGCUGGAGGAGGAGGAGCUGGAGGUACUGCCCCCAUUGCGGGAGAGCGCAGCCCGCCUCGGACAGCAGAGCGCCCAGCUGGCCGAGCUUAUCACUGAGUUGGAGGGGCGCUGCCAGCUACCAGCGCUGGGGUUACUGCAGGACAUCAGGGACACCCUGCGCAGGGUCCAGGAUGUGAAGCUGCAGCCUCCUGAGAUAGUGCCUAUGGAGAUGAGGACAGUGUGCAGGGUCCCAGGGCUGGUGGAGGCCUUGCGGAGGUUCAGAGGCGACAUGACCCUGGAUCCUGACACCGCCAACCCUGAACUGGUCCUAUCAGAGGACAGGAGGAGUGUGCGGCGGGGGGACCUGCGGCAGGCCCUGCCUGACAGCCCCGAGCGGUUUGACCCUGGGCCUUGUGUGCUGGGCCGGGAGCCCCUAACCUCUGGCCGCCACUACUGGGAGGUGGAGGUUGGGGAGCGGGCCAGCUGGGCCCUGGGCGUCUGCAGAGAGAACGCCAACCGUAAGGAGAAGGGCGAGCUCUUUGCUGGUAACGGGUUCUGGAUCCUCGUGUUCCUGGGAAGCUACUACAACUCCUCUGAGCGGGCCUUUGCCCCUCUCCGAGACCCACCCCGGCGUGUGGGCAUCUUUCUGGACUACGAGGCUGGACAUCUGUCCUUCUACAGUGCUAAUGAUGGAUCGCUCUUGUAUACCUUUCCUGAGACACCCUUCUCUGGGACCCUGAGGGCCCUCUUCUCACCUCUGUCCAGCAGCCCGACCCCUAUGACCAUCUGCAGGCUGAAAGGUGGGCCUGGGGACAUGCUGGCUCCCCAGUGAGCAGGCCUCUCUUAGCCCCUUGUCCUGCCUUCUGAGCCUUCGAGCCACUUGGAAACUGAGAGGAGGGUGCUUGUCCUCUGAGCUGUGGAAAGCACUUGCAGUACCACUCAGAUUAUGCAUAGCAAAACUGAACUCUUGUCACUGCCACUCCCAGGAAGCCAUGUGCAAGUGUGUGGGGGUUGGGCUGUGUCCUCCCUGGGGGCCCUCCAAGGUCAUCAGGUCCCUAGACCCCAUUCACCAAUGUGUUUACCCAAGCCAUUUGCAGAACCCUGAGCCCAGGGCCCUGGUACUCUAGCUCCAUCCAGCCUCAGUCUGGAAUGAGACACCAGGGCCUACAGAAUUUUCUCAGGCUGCAGUCUGAGCCCCCCACCCCGACCCCAAACCCUGGGUGUGGGGGCAAACCUCAAGAAAGCUGCCAUCCUGUGAAAUUCUGGCCAAGAGGUGGUUCCAAGCCCACCAGCCUGUCUUGCAAUCUGGUCGUAUAAAACUGGUAGGGGUUCUUAAUGUGGUUGCCUCAUGGGGGUUGGCAGUGGUGGGAGGGCAACAGAGUCCUCAGGAGACAGGUGAUAUGGGAAAGGCCAAAGGAAGACAACUGGGAGCAAGUCACUAAAUAAAGGCGUUGACUAACUAGAACACACAGGCACCCUCAAUUCCCCCCAAGGGUGGUCAACUGGGGCUUCUGAAUAAAGUUCCUUCCCUGGUACCCAGUGUAGAGAUUUGGUUCUGGGAUCCUGGAGGUGACUGCAAAGCUCAGAAAUAACACAACUUCACAGUUUCUAUCUGGGCUGUGCUGAGAACACUUGGCUGAUGUUGCCCUCACAAACAUCUCUUCACUAGCCCAUGGGGCUGUCCCUGAGCUCAGGACCCAGUCUCACCCCUUCCUGGGGCAGAGGGUAAGGCCACAGAGAGCUCUGGCUUACAGGAUCCAGGAUUUAUUUUGCUGUUAAGUUUGGCCCUUCUUCAUCCCUCUUAAGAAGGUGUGAUCCAGUGUCUCUGUACCCCCAGAUUUUAUUAAUUGUAAGGACCAUUCUCAUAGUAAAUAAACUAACAGUUGUCUGA